GAAUUAAACUUUCCCGGGUUAUGUAAAGGCUGUGGCGUCUCCGCAUCGUGGACUGCGCCGGUAUAAAGGUCGGCUCUGCCCCCAACGGUCCAAGAGUUGCUCGCGAACUUCACGCCGGCAACCAUCGGGAGAGGCAAGCUCUACAUGUGACUCGUGGUGCUCGAUUGCCGGUGCCCUGCCUUUUUUGCCUAACGUCUCUCGUCUAUUCCGCUUAAACGCGCUGCACCCGCUCGGCUCAGGACGCUCCUCGUUUCCAGCUCGGGCACGCGCACCGCAAUCGUAUAAACUCGCGAUCAUCGCCGGCAGCAUGCGUGCCCUGUUGUUAGCUGCCCUUUUCGGGUUCGUUCACGGCCAAUACUUCAAGGAGCCGGAGAAGACCGUAAGUGACUCGCGUGAUCUCGGCGACACCCGCGGCCAUUAUUCAUUCGCCUACCAGACCGAAGGCGGCAUACUCCAGCGGGAGACCGGUAGCCGCAAAUACGCCGGCACCUCCGACGAGACGCAGCUCAUUCAAGGCUCGGUGCAAUACAAUGCGCCCGACGGCACCCCCAUCGCCAUGAGCUGGACCGCCGACGAGUUCGGCACCCAAGUGUCCGGCACCCAUAUUCCCACCCCGCCGCCGAUUCCACCGGCGAUCCAGCGUGCACUCGAAUGGCUCGCCAAGCAGCCCACCACCCCGGAACCGAUCGAGAAGGACAGACCGACGCAGAACGCGGUCCGCCGUGACAGUCGCCAGUACCGAUUGCCUUCGAAUAAACGAAACUGAACGCGUGCGCUCGCAAAGUAGUUAUAGUGUUAAGUCCGUCUAAUUGCCUACCCCUCCUGCCGCUUCACGCAUUACGACGUUUCCAAUAAACAUUGGCAUUUUUAUAGAAAUUAGUACAAGUAUUGUCUUAGAGAUCAAUUUUGAUAGGAGUUAUGUCCUUACAGCAUUCUCAUAUCAAUCGAGCGGUAGAUAGUUAGAGAUAGUUAGAGAUAAUUAGUGAUUCGUUCUGUUCUCGUAUAUGCUUUCUCGUAGUUUGCGCAUGAUCUCAUAAUCAAACGCAGAUAGUAAAACGUUUUAAAAUAUACAAAAAAAAGAAUCUUUUUGUUAUAUAAGUGCAUACAUAAUUUUUUAUAUUUUUGUUACUUUUUUGUCGUUGUCAUCCAGAACUGAAGUAAAUGAUCUACAUUCGAGAUGUAUGUAACAUUCAAGCAUAUGUAAACAAUGGCAUAAAUAAGUUACGCUAAGAUUAUUUGAUAAA